AUGCUGAUUCCAGCGGACGAGACUUCCUACAUUAACUACAUAAAGCCCCUGAUCCUAGCAAAAGAGCUCCAGAUCCCGCACGUUCUCUCGCUCAUCGACACCACUUCCCAAUGGGCCUACAAAAUCCACCCGGAGAGGAUGGUCCCCGCGCUCAAGGACCAGGACCCCGAAACUGGCGAACAGAUCAAUGUCUUCGAGGGAACCGCCUGUCUUCAGUACUUGGCCGAUCGAUAUGACGCCGAGGGGGAAUGGAAAGGGCGCACCGCCGCGGAGAGAGCCGCCGUCUUCACCUGGGUGGCAUACCAGACAGCGGGAAUCGGUCCCACUGCCAAAUACUGGCUCUACUUCCUGCGUGGUUACCCGACUCGCAAGAGCCCGGUCCAGCUGCCCAAGACCAUUGCGAAACUGCACGAAAACACUCUGAAGCAAUGGGACAUUUUGAAUAAGCGCCUUGCAAAGGACGGACAGAACUACAUUGCCCUCCCGGAUCGGCCGACCCUAGCGGAUCUGUCCUACUUUCCCUUCGCCAUGCCGUGGAUGUUUACGUUCCUGGGAGUGGAUAUCAAGGACUGGCCGCAUAUCCAGUCGUGGGCGGAGCGGAUGCUGGCCCGCCCGGCUAUCCAGGAGAUCAUGGCCAGAGCAAAGACCUUUGGACAUGAAAUGACGCAGGAGCAGGCGGCAAUGCUGAAGUCUGCCGAAUAG